GUUCGGCCUUCUUUCCGAGUCGUGGGGACAUAUUUCGGAGACAUUGGGGCAAUUUUCCUCCGGAUGCUGAAUAAUUCCCGUUGGAUCCACGAUGAUGAUUUGCCGAAUGGGUGGAUGAUAGUGGGGCAUAACCAACUUGGCUUAAAGCCAGUUAGAGGCUGAGGAUCCCCGCGAAGCUUCCAUGCCAUUGAAGCCACAAUUUGGAGACCCAGAAAAAGUCAGACCAUUAAUCGGAGACUUCGCCCGAUGCGGCAAAGAUGCAGAUUCUUGUCGAUGCCACCUUAAUCAGUAUACCUCCACUUUUUGGAUUUCAAAUCAAUUUCCACUCGCUUCUAUUCCCCAUGGGACCGUAUAAAAGCGGUAUUUCUCUCAAUUGAGUCUCCAUCUACUAUCCCAUCCUUGUGUCUAUACCUUACUACGUAUCCCCUCUAAUAAUAUUAUCCUUCACGCCAUCAUGACUGUCACCGACCUCGUCAACCACCCUGCUCAGGGCAUCUCCUACUUCACUCCCGCCCAGAACCCCCCCGCUGGUACCGCCGCCAACCCGCAAACCAGCGGCAAGCCGGUCCCGAAGCUCUUCCACCCGCUCACCAUCCGCGGCGUCACCUUCCAGAACCGCCUUGGUCUCGCUCCUCUCUGCCAAUACUCCGCCCAAGAUGGCCACAUGACCCCCUACCACAUCGCCCACCUGGGCGGUAUCGCCCAGCGCGGUCCCGGUCUCAUGAUGAUCGAAGCCACCGCCGUGCAGCCCGAAGGCCGCAUCACUCCCCAGGACGUCGGUCUGUGGAAGGACUCUCAGAUCGGCCCUAUGCGUCAAGUCGUCGAGUUCGCCCACUCCCAGAGCCAGAAGAUCGGUGUUCAGCUCGCCCACGCCGGUCGCAAGGCCAGCACCGUCGCCCCCUGGAUCUCCGCUACCGCCAUGGCUACUGAGGAGCUCGGCGGCUGGCCCGACCGUGUUAUCGGCCCCAGCGAUAUCCCCUUCGCUGACUCUUUCCCCAAGCCCAAGGCCAUGACCAAGGACGAUAUCGUGCAGUUCAAGAACGACUGGGCCGCUGCUGUGAAGCGUGCUAUUGAGGUCGGCGUUGACUUCAUUGAAAUCCACGGUGCUCACGGUUACCUCAUCUCCUCUUUCUUGUCGCCUGCUGCCAACAACCGUACCGACGAGUACGGCGGUUCCUUCGAGAACCGUAUCCGUCUGCCUCUUGAGAUCGCCCAGAUCACUCGGGACAUCGUCGGCCCUAACAUGCCUGUCUUCCUCCGUGUCUCCGCUUCCGACUGGCUCGAAGAGACUCUCCCCGAGCAGAGCUGGGGUACCGAGGACACUGUCAAGUUCGCCAAGGCGCUGGCCGACCAGGGUGCUAUUGAUCUGAUUGAUAUCAGUACUGGUGGCGUUCACGCCGCUCAGAAGGUCAAGUCUGGCCCGCUGUUCCAGGCUCCCUUCGCUGUGGCUGUUAAGCAGGCUGUCGGCGAUAAGCUGUUGGUGUCGGCUGUCGGUGCUAUCACCAACGGUCGCCAGGCUAAUGACUUGCUUGAGAAGGAGGGUCUGGAUGUUGCUCUGGUCGGUCGUGGAUUCCAGAAGGACCCCGGUUUGACCUGGACUUUUGCCCAGCACCUCGACACUGAGAUCUCCAUGGCGAGCCAGAUCCGUUGGGGAUUCACUCGUCGCGGUGGUCGCGAGUUCAUUGAUCCCAGCGUUUACAAGCCUUCGAUUUUUGAUGCUUAGAUGAUAUAUAGUGGUGAUGCUUAAUAGACUGUACAUAGAAUAGACAUGACAUGCCUGAUUCAAC